AUGACAACUUUUUAUGAUGGUUACUCUAGCUCGUCUAGCGUUAGCAGGUUUAAAAGAUCGGAGUCAAGUGGUGAGUACAUUUAUCAUAGAGUGCAAAUACCUCCAUUACCUCCAUUAUCUCCAUUAUCUCGAAUCAAAGUAAUCAACGAAAAUAUUAAAGACACCCUCGAUUCUACUUUGGAUGCGUUACACAGUAUUUGUCCGCUGAAAGCAAAUAAAAAUUCUAUACGUGAGUCACUUCGUUUCGUGUUAGAUAGAGACCAAUCAUUCCGUGAGAAAACCACGGCAAAUAUCAAAGUACACGGCUGGUUAAGUCCAACAGCGAAAGAAAAUCCUCCGCCAGUGGAAGAAUUUUCUUUCUCGGUCAACGAACAGGGAGCCAUCGUGGAAACAUUUUAUACUUUAAUAGAGGUAGAACUCUAUACGUUCCUUUACGACCACGCAGGCAUAAUCCCUGCUAAAAUUGUGGAAACCUUUUCGAAAAAGCAACGUCCUAAAGUUAAAACAGACUUCGAGAUGCUGAUACCCUCU